GCUUGUCCCUGCUCCGUCAACAAAACAUGUGUGGACCCAAAUCAAUCAUGCAACUGUGAUGUAAAGGAAAAUAAAUGGCACUCAGACGAAGGAUACUAUACAGAACCACAUAGUUUAGGCAUAACAAAUAUGUUUUUCCUGCAACAAAAAGAUUUGGACGAGGAAGCACAGGGACGUAUAACAUUAGGACCAUUAGAGUGUGUCGAAACAAAUACACAAAAAUAUGUUGUGACUUUUACCACCUCACAGUCUUACAUCGAAGUGCCCGGUUGGCGUAAAGGUGAUAUUGCGUUUUCCUUCCGUACAACAGGUGAAAAAGCCAUAUUGCUUUUUCAACCGCCUAUUCGACCAUAUUAUCCUUCAUUUAUGGUCGCACUUACCGGUGACUAUCAGUUGACAUUCAACUUUACACUAAGCACUGGCACUACACGUGAAUUGGUGAUAAACUCACGUCGCAAGUUAAACGGUGGUGAAUGGCAUAAAAUAUGGAUUGAUUACAAUGAGUAUCAUGUACGUUUCAUGAUAAAUACAGACUCUCAAAUGGUUGACCUACUGCCAGAGGAGGAGUUCGGCCCAUUUGAAGGUAGCAUGUAUAUUGGCGGCGCAACAGCGUAA